ACAAAAUGGCAUCAGGAACGGUACCGAACGGCACUCCUUCAGGAGGAUCAAAUGACGUGAGCCUGGAAGAACCAAAGAAGAUGACAAGGGAAGACUGGAGGAAAAAGAAGGAAUUAGAAGAACAAAGAAAACUAGGAAAUGCACCUGCUGAAGUGGAUGAAGAAGGAAAGGAUAUCAAUCCUCAUAUUCCUCAGUACAUAUCCUCAGUACCAUGGUACAUAGAUCCCUCUAAAAGACCUACACUAAAGCAUCAGAGACCUCAGCCAGAGAAGCAGAAACAGUAUAGCUCCUCUGGAGAAUGGUACAAACGAGGAGUUCAAGAGCAUGCUGUAGCAACUAGAUAUCGUAAAGGAGCUUGUGAGAACUGUGGUGCAUUGACACACAAAAAGAAAGACUGCAUGGAGAGACCCAGGAAAGUCGGAGCAAAAUACACAGGCAUGAAUAUUGCACCAGAUGAACAUGUGCAGCCUCAACUUAUGUUUGAUUAUGAUGGAAAGCGAGAUCGUUGGAAUGGUUAUAACCCAGAAGAGCACAUGAAGAUUGUAGAAGAAUAUUCCAAGGUUGAUUUGGCCAAACGUACACUGAAAGCCCAGAAGCUUCAGGAAGAGUUAGCAUCAGGAAAGCUGGAGCAAGUGAACUCCCCAAGACACCAGUGGGGAGAAGAGGAACCAAAUUCACAGACAGAAAGAGAUCAUAACAGUGAAGAUGAAGAUGAAGAUAAAUAUGCAGAUGACAUUGAUAUGCCUGGGCAGAACUUUGACUCUAAAAGACGUAUCACAGUUCGAAAUUUACGUAUUCGGGAAGAUAUUGCAAAAAGGAAUCUAGAUCCAAACUCUGCUUAUUAUGAUCCCAAAACAAGAGCGAUGAGGGAGAACCCAUAUGCCAAUACAGGCAAGAAUCCAGAUGAAGUUGGUUAUGCAGGCGAUAACUUUGUUCGCUACACUGGAGAUACCAUUUCAAUGGCACAGACUCAGUUGUUUGCUUGGGAGGCUUAUGACAAAGGCUCUGAAGUUCAUCUUCAAGCAGACCCUACAAAAUUAGAGCUACUUUAUAAAUCUUUCAAAGUGAAAAAAGAAGAUUUCAAGGCACAGCAGAAAGAAAGCAUCCUAGAGAAGUAUGGAGGACAAGAACAUCUGGAUGCCCCACCAGCUGAACUGCUGUUAGCUCAAACAGAAGAUUACGUGGAGUACUCUAGACAUGGAACAGUCAUCAAAGGACAAGAGAAAGCUAUUGCUUCCUCUAAAUAUGAAGAGGAUGUGAAGAUCAACAACCAUACAUGCAUUUGGGGGUCAUACUGGAAAGAAGGCAAAUGGGGUUACAAAUGCUGCCACUCAUUCGUCAAGUACUCAUACUGCACAGGAGAAGCUGGGAAAGAAAUUGCUAAUACUGAAGCAAGCUUACUGGAAGAGCAACCCAGGGAGGAAGAACACAUGACAAAACCCAAAACACUGAUGGAGAUCCACCAAGAGAAACAGAAAGAGAAGAAAAAGAAGAAGCGUAAGAAGAGCUCAAAUUCAGAUAGUGAGGGGGAAGAGAAAAAGAAGCAAGAAAAACUUAAAAAGGCACUAAACGCAGAAGAGGCUCGUCUUCUCCACGUUAAAGAAAUCAUGCAGUUAGAUGAGAGGAAGAGACCGUACAACAGCGUAUAUGAAACCAGGGAGCCAACAGAAGAGGAAAUGGAAGCCUAUAGAAUGAAACGUCAGAGACCUGAUGACCCCAUGGCCUCUUUUCUUGGACAGUAG